UUUUGAUAUUACUGUUCUCAGUUUCAUACACAACAAAUUCAUUUUCAUAAAAUUGAAGGCUGGGCACUGACAUGGGCGUAUAAGAUAAGCUUUGAGGAAUAGAGCUGGCUGACAAUUACAUAAUACAACUAGUUGGAAUACAAUCCAAGAAAUUGAAUCGGUGCGAGGAAAUCCAAUAUGGAACCGAAAUAUUUUCAUUGGGCGGACUAUUUAGUUUUUGCCACAAUUUUAGUUCUUUCUGCAAUCGUUGGAGUUGUGGUUGGUCGCAAGCAAGAAGAUGCGGAUGAAUUUAUGCUCGCUAAAAAGAGCAUGGGAUUACUUCCUGUGGUGUUGUCAAUCCUUGGAUCGCUAGCUGCAGUCUACAUAUUGGGCGUUCCCGCGGAGGUUUAUCUUGAUGGUAUCCAACAAUGGCAUCUGUUUGUGAUCCCCGUCAUUGUAGCAUGUAUUAUCACUGCCGUAUUCUUUGUGCCUUUAUUCUAUCCUCUCAAUGUAGCCAGUGUAUACGAGUAUUUAGAAGUGCGAUUCAAGUCCAAGAUUCCAAAGCUUUGUGCAGAUGUUUCUCUUAUUCUAGCUAUGAUAAUGAACAUAGGUGUGUCUCUCUUUACUCCCGCUACAGCACUUCAAGCAGUUACUGGAUUUCCCGACUAUGGAUCCAUUUUGCUGUGUUCUGCAAUUGCAAUUUUCUACACAACCACGGGUGGCUUGAAAGCAGUUAUUUGGACUGAUGCUUUCCAAACAGUAUUUACCCUGGCCGGGUUAUUGGCGCUCGUCAUACAGGGAACCAUCAAAGUUGGAGGGUUUGGAGAAGUCUUUGAAUGGGCUGGUAAAGGACAGCGUCUUGAAUUCUUCAAUUUUGACCCUGACCCUACAGUACGAGUGACGUUCUGGGGAUGCAUGGUUGGAGGACUCUUUGGUUGGCUUGGAUACUAUGCAGUGAGUCAGUCUACUUAUCAGAGAUAUGCCUCUUUACCAACGAAGAGGAAGGCAAUUUUGUCGGUAUUCUUGAACAGUCCCGGUAUCCCCAUUUUAAUGACAGUAACGUGUUACGCUGGGCUCGUCAUAUAUGCCUACUACGCUAAAAUGGGCUGCGAUCCCCUAAACGCAGGACAAAUUGAUAACAUUAACCAAAUCACGCCUUAUUUUGUGAUGGAAAUCUUGGACAUUCCUGGGAUUCCUGGAUUGUUUGUCUCGACCCUGUUCAGCGGUACUCUUAGCACGUGCUCUGCGUCUCUCAGUGCCCUCUCUUCCGUCACAUUUGAAGAUAUCAUUAGGUGGAAGUGGACCGACCUAAAGCCAAAACAAGAGUUGUGGAUCACUAGGAUACUUGUGGUGGUAUAUGGAAUACUUGGAGUUGGGUUCGCCAUGAUUGUUACAACCCUUGAAGGAACCGUCUUGGAGUUCGCCCUCAGUUUCACCGGGGCUAUUAGCGGUCCUGUCAUUGGAUUAUUCGUACUAGGGGCGGUUUUCCCAUGGGCUGAGAAAUGGGGCACAUUGGUUGGAACAGUGGUAUCCAUUGGGCUCUUGGGAUGGAUGAUUGUAGGAUCAUACACCAUAGAUCCUGAGGCUAUAAGGUUUGUCUUGAAACCUUUAGACACCUCCAUGUGUCCCAGUAACACAGAUGUGAACGUGACAACUAUGAUGACAAUGAUUGACACAACCGUACAAUCGACCCCACCCCCGAUGGUGUUCCGUGAUAGGACUGGUUUAGAGAUCUUUUAUUCAAUCAGCUACCUGUGGUACCCGAUGAUCGGCUGUGUCAGUUUGGUCAUCGCUGGCCUAUUCACUAGCUGUAUUGUAGGUGUGACUAAAUCCGAAGAUGUGGAUUCCUCAUUGCUGAUGCCUUGUGCUAAUACAUGUUGCUGCUGUCUUCCACAGAGUACCAUAGACUGCUUGCAAUGUGGCGUCUUCUAUGCUACCGAAUCAAAUACAAAUGCAUUCGACCGUGAUGAUCGAUCAGUGACGGUAGUGAAAGAGAGUGAUAUAAUUAAGGAGACUGCAUUGGACACUACCACGUACGAAAAAUACGGCAAUGAAAUUGAACUAGACAAUGUUGAGUAUAAGACAAUGGCUAACAACAACAAUGUUAUCAUCCACAAUGGACCUGUAAAGGAUGAUUAUUACAUCAGUGUGAUUGAUGCUUAUGAAGAACGCAAGCGACCUUUCGCUGAUGCUGAGAAAAACAUCAAUAGUAUUGCAAAUGGCGUGGACAACAAGGCAUUUGAUAAGGACAGUCCAACCAGAAGUUCUAUCAAAAGUAUCACCCCCGAUUAUAUGUAAUUAUGAGAUGGUCAACUGAUUGACAUAUUAUACAUGUUACAUUUGACAACAAUGAAAUGAAUAAAUCUUUAUGUAAUCACAUCAAAA